CAGCGUCCUGUGCGGUGCGGGAGAAGGGAGGUUGGGACCGUGGUUAAGAGGCUCCGGAGGAUAGCGGGCCCGAGCCGGCCGCUCUUCCUUCCGAAGCGGUUUUGCACCUCUUUGGCCCGCGGCGUCGGCGGCGUCGGCGCUCACGCAGGGGCGGGUCACGGCGGCGUAAAGCGGGGCUGGGCGGGAAGGGAGGUCGUGGCGGUGGCGGUGUCGGCAGCAGGGACAACAGCCACAGCGGCGGCCACGGGGACAGCAGCAGCGCCGGUGCUGUCAGUGAGGCCGUCGGAGAAAUGGGAGACCCAGGGCCGGAGAUAAUAGGAUCUGUCCCUCCAGCGGGGCCUGGGGCAUCUGAGUCCGCAGCGGAUGAAAAUGAAGAUGACAUUCAGUUUGUGAGUGAAGGACCAUUAAGACCUGUUCUUGAAUAUAUUGAUCUGGUCAGCAGUGAUGAUGAAGAACCUAGCACCUCUCAUAGUGAUGGUAAUGUUAAACAUAAAGACCAUAUUGACCACCAGAAGGAUAAAGUUGCCUUAACUCUGGCUCGUCUAGCCCGCCAUGUUGAAGUGGAGAAACAGCAGAAAGAAGAGAAGAAUAGAGCAUUCAGGGAAAAAGUUGAUUUUCAGCAUGCUCAUGGGUUGCAAGAAUUGGAAUUUAUUCGAGGACAUUCUGAUACAGAAGCAGCAAGACUGUGUGUGGACCAGUGGCUAAAAAUGCCAGGACUCAAAGCAGGAACAAUUAAUUCUGGAACAAAAAGCUCAUUCCGAAGAGGAGGAGGCCAAAUGCAGGUGUCUGGAAAAGCAAUUUCAUGUCCCAUAAUGCACUGUAACAAGGAAUUUGAUAAUGGGCACCUUCUCUUAGGACAUUUGAAAAGGUUUGAUCACUCUCCAUGUGAUCCAACAAUUACACUACAUGGACCUUCCAUCAAUUCCUUUGCUUGUGUAGUAUGUUAUAAAAAUUUUGUUACUCAACAACAAUAUAAGGAACACCUUUUUUCUAAGGAAGCUGCAGAUGAUGGACAUAAAAGCAACCUUCUUCCUCAGAUUAUUCAGUGUUUUGCAUGUCCAAAUUGCUUCCUUCUUUUUAGCGGCAAGGAUGACUGUUUGAAGCACAUGUCUGGAAAGAAUCAUUUCCAUCAGCGUUUUAAACUGGGUGAUGACAGGAGAAUAGCAUAUCCAAUAUCAUUUCCAUCUUUUGCAAAGAAACUUUUGAUCUCUCUGUGCAAAGAUGUUCCAUUUCAAGUUAAGUGUGUGGCCUGCCACCAGACACUGCGUUCCCAUAUGGAGCUCACUGCCCAUUUCAGAGUUCGUUGUCGGAAUGCUGGUCCUGUAGCUGUAGCUGAGAAAAGCAUUGCCCAGAUUGCAGAGAAAUUCAUAUUAAGAGGUUAUUGUCCAAAUUGCAACCAAGCCUUUGUGAAUGAAAGCAGUACCCGAAACCACAAGCAAAAUUUAGGACACAAAGUCCGAAUUAUUAACUCAAUGGAAGAAUCAGUCUUACUUUAUAGCUACAUCAGUGAAGGGAACAAAUCUCCUUCUGACUUGAAUCUAUUGCUAGAUCAAUCGAAAUUUUCAUCACUUAAAAGAACUAUGUCUUUCCAAGAAUCUAGCUCACAAGAUUGCAGUACCAUUCCAAAAAAAAAGAUGAACUUAGAAGAUAAAAGCCAUGAAGGUACAGUUUGUGUCCAGGAAGGAAAGUCAGUUGUUAAAACCUGGUUUUGUGAAUGUCAUCAACGAUUCCCAAGUGAAGAUUUAGUAGAAAAGCAUGUUUUCUCAGCAAAUACAAUGUGUUAUAAGUGUGUGGUUUGUGGAAAGGUUUGUGAAGAUUCAGGUGUAAUCCGUUUACAUAUGAGCCGGAUUCAUGGAGGGGCACAUUUAAAUAACUUUCUUUUCUGGUGUCGAACAUGCAAAAAGGAGUUAACAAGGAAAGAAACUAUCAUGGCACAUGUGACUGAAUUUCAUAGUGGUCACAGGUAUUUUUAUGAGACAGAUGAGGUAGAAAGUGAAACUUUGCCAUCAUCCUCUACAACAUUGGGGAGUAAUUUGACUGUUAAGAAUCCUUCUUCAACUGUUCCUAUUGUUGAUCAUUCCCCAUCAAACAGUCCUCCAAGGGGUAAAUGGCAAUGCCGAAUCUGUGAAGAUAUGUUUGAUUCCCAAGAAUGUGUAAAACAGCAUUGCAUGUCUUUAGCAAGUCACCAGUUUCAUAGAUACAGCUGUGCCCAUUGCAAAAAGACUUUUCACAAGAUAGAAACACUUUACCGACAUUGCCAGGAUGCACAUGACAAUGAGAUAAAGAUUAAGUACUUCUGUGGGCUUUGUGAUCUCACCUUUAAUGUGGAAGAAGCAUUUUUGAGUCAUUAUAAGGAGCACCACAGCAUUGAUUAUGUGUUUGUGCCAGAAAAAACUGAAAUUUCAAUUAAAACUGAGAAUGAUUUUCCUGUGCUAGAGACCAGUAAUCUGUUAACCUGUGGUUGCCGUGAGAGUUACAUCUGUAAAGUCAACAGAAGAGAAGAUUAUAGUAGAUGUCUCCAAACGAUGCUGGGUAAAGGUAAAUUGUGGUUUCGCUGCAGUUUGUGUUCAGCAACAGCACAGAAUGCAGCUGACAUGAACACUCACAUCCAUCAAGUGCACAGCGAAGCAAAGAGGGUGGAGGAGGAGCAGCAGUAUGUAAUCAAGUGUGGCACCUGCACCAAAGCGUUUCAUGAUCCUGAGAGUGCUCAGCAGCACUUCCACACAAAACAUUGCUUCUUACAGAAACCCAGUGUGGCGCAUUUUGGAUUUGAAAAAACAAGCCCGUACAAGUUUGCUGCCAAUGCCUCACGUACAGAGAGAAAACUGAAACAGGCAGUAAGCUAUCCAAAAAAUUCAGACAUGGAGAAAGAAGCCGAGAAUGACCUCAGCUGUCAGAAUAUAGAUGAAGUUGUUGAGCUUCCAGAUUUGGAUUACCUGCGAACCAUGACUCAUAUAGUAUUUGUAGAUUUUGAUAACUGGUCCAACUUUUUUGGUCAUCUACCAGGGCAUCUUAACCAAGGAACAUUUAUUUGGGGCUUUCAAGGAGGAAACACCAAUUGGAAGCCUCCACUCAACUGUAAGAUCUAUAAUUACCUGAAUAGGAUUGGAUGCUUCUUCCUUCAUCCUCGUUGUAGUAAAAGAAAAGAUGCUGCUGAUUUUGCCAUAUGUAUGCAUGCUGGCCGUCUAGAUGAACAACUACCCAAGCAAAUUCCUUUCACCAUCCUCUCAGGAGAUCAAGGUUUUCUGGAGCUAGAGAAUCAAUUUAAGAAGACUCAGAGGCCAGCACAUAUACUAAACCCUCACCACUUAGAGGGUGAUAUGAUGUGUGCCUUGUUAAAUAGCAUAUCUGAUACCACCAAAGAAUGUGACAGUGAUGACAACCUGGGUAUAAAAACUACUCCAAUGGAAGAAGAAUUCAGAUCCACAGAAGGAAAAUCUACAUAUUUCCUUUCACAGGUUAAAGAGAACUUUACAACAAAUAAUUUACUGACUAUACCACUAUUUGUCUAUGUCAUAUGCCCAUUUUUUUACUUUGGCUUUUCCAUCAUAUACUCAUUUUAAAUAAUCACAGGAAUAAAUGAAACAACGGAUUUUUGAAAAUACUUUAAGCUUCACUGAUACUUUACAUUGGUAUCUUCGACAUAAAGGACAACAGUAGGAGUGAGAAUGUGGCAAUUUCGAACGUACGGAGGGAAAUGUGGCUACACAAGCACACACAGUGGCCUAACUGAUCUGUUUUCUAUGUAUUUGCUUGAUCUCUCAUGUAAUGAAAUUAGUUUGAGACCAUACUAGAGCUUUGUACUCUUAGGAAUUUGGGAAUCUGAGUCUGGCAGUGGAGUUGAUUCAUCCAUUUAAUGAAGUAGAAAAUGAACCUCUCUCUUGUAGCCAGAAUUACUGGUUCAGCAAAGUAAAUCUGCAGCCUAAUUGGAAGCAAGCUUUUUGACAAGUUGUUAUCCCCAUCUUGGUCUUUCAAAGGACUAGCUUAGUGCAUAGCAGCCACAUAAUAAUGAGUUAAACAAAUGAAAGAACUUUUAUGAUUUUUAAAUAAAAACUGCUAAGUUAUGUAUCAAGGACAUUACAAGAUAAACACCAUUGAGCAUCUACAUAGUUCAGACUUUGCAACCUUUAUUUGCCACACACACCAGUCCCAUAGAAAAUGCCAGACAAAAUUGUAACUUUUAAAUAACCACAUUUGGGGAGCCUUUACAGUUUUGUGGGCUCCUAGCUAAUCCAGAAAAUUCUGAGAUGUAUAAAAACUGAAUAUGUAUCAGAAUUUCUAGCAUAAUCUAUGUAAUGUAUUAUAUGGUUUGGAGAUUUGGAGAGGUUUUACAUUUUUGUGAUUCCUUAGUUUGAAAAUG